UUUAAUUCUCAAUUUACUUUCCUAAUAAACAAAGAGAAAAAGUAAUAAAUUCUGAUUCCAUAGCUCUCUCUCGAUUUCACUUCGUCUCCGUCACUCUCCGCCUGGAUCACCGCCUCUCUCACGAGCCGACAGCUGCCCAGCACAUCACCAGUCAGCUUCUCAGCCGCAGACAUCACACCGGCGGCCGGCCCUCCAUCUACACAACUCUGUCAAAUCUUGAAGUAGAGAUGCAUGUAUGAUCUUUAACGGUUUUUGAUUGGAAGAUUUUUUGUUAUGGCAACGGCAACAUAUCCACCACCACCACCUUAUUACAGGCUUUACAAAAAUUACGCGCAAGACCCUCAGUCUGCUCCAGAGCCUCCACCACCAAUUGAAGGAACUUACAUUUGUUUCGGAGGCACUUACACUACUAGUGAUGUUCUCCCAAGCUUGGAAGAACAAGGUGUGCGUCAACUCUAUUCCAAGGGACCUAAUAUUGAUUUCAAGAAGGAGCUGAGGUCACUUAAUGGAGAGUUGCAAUUACACGUUUUGGAGCUUGCUGAUAUUCUUAUUGAGAGACCGUCACAAUAUGCAAGGAGAGUUGAAGAAAUUUCAACCGUGUUCAAAAAUUUACACCACCUUUUAAAUUCCCUGCGUCCUCACCAGGCUAGAGCAACUUUGAUUCACAUUUUGGAACUCCAGAUAGAGCGCCGUAAACAAGCCGUGGAAGACAUAAAAAGGAGAAGAGAAGAAGCUCGAAGGCUCCUUAACGAGUCAUUGGCGACACUUGAUGGCCAUUAAAGCGUUGCGUAUCUUGUAUUGUUGUGCAACCCUUAACGUGUCAUACCAAGCGGCGAAAGAUUGCAACCCUUAAAGUUAUAGGGAAGGCCGUAUUAUAUUGUGUCCUAGAUAUUAUAUUAUAACUAUUUAUGAAUGACCUUUUGGGAUUGUUCUUUAAA